GCCGGGGUGCGGGUCUAGUGCGGCCGGGCGGGGAGGGGCGAGGCGAGGCGAGGCGCCGCUGCUGCUGCCGCGGAAGAUGGUGCAGCAAACGGCGGGCUCGGCCAGGCGGCGCGGCGGUGGAGGAGGAGGAGGAGGAGGAGGAGGAGGAGGAGAGGGCGCCGACAGCGGCAUCAGCGACAUGAGCGCGGCGUCCAGCCCCAACCCAUGGGGCGGCGGCGGCGGCGGGACCCCGGGUCGGGGCGAGGAUGAGGGGGCGGCGGGCGGCUGCCAGCCCGACUGGUGUAAGACGCCGACGGGACACAUCAAGCGGCCGAUGAACGCCUUCAUGGUUUGGUCACAGAUCGAGAGGAAGAAGAUCAUGGAGCAGGUGCCCGACAUGCACAACGCUGAGAUCUCCAAGCGUCUGGGCAAGAAGUGGAAGCUGCUGAAGGAGGCGGAGAAGAGCCCAUUCAUCAGAGAGGCCGAGCGGCUUCGCCUCAAACACAUGGCGGACUAUCCCGACUACAAGUACCGGCCAAGGAAGAAGGUCCGUGGGGAUCCCGCGCCCCCCGCCGCCGCCCCCGCCGCCUCCGAGCCCCGGUCGCACAAGAAGCCGCCGGGCAAGAAACACAACCGGGCACACAAAGCCAAGCAGCUGCUGGAGCGCUCCAAAGCCAAGCGGGCGGCCAAAGCGGGCCAGCACGGGGCGCUGGGGCCAAACGGCCGCCGCCCGCCUCCCGCCGAGCCCGAGUCUGAAGGGGAGGAGGUGGAGGACGCGGAGCCCGAGGCCGAGCUGCUACACUACUGUCUGGGGGGCAAGAAGCCGCCCAGCUCGGAGCCGCGACCCUCCGGCCGCCCCCUCUCCGCCCGCCCGCCCGAUGACUGUGACGGCCAGCUGCUGCUCUUCGACCUCAGCCUGAACGUGGCGGCGGGAGGCGGCGGCGGCGGGGCCGGCCCGGGGGGGCACCUCUCCCUGGACAAGGACAGCGACUCGCUGGCCGGCGGCAGCAGCCCCGUCUCGCACUUCGAGUUCCCCGACUAUGGCACUCCCGAGGUGCGCAAAAUGAUCUCGGGAGACUGGCUGGAAAUCGAGUCCAACAUUUCCUACUAGCUUCAAACCCCUCCCCCCCCCCCCCCCCCCUCCCCCUCCUCUCUCUUCUCCCCUCUCCCCUCUCCCCCCACUCCCCAUCUCCCCUUCCUUGACCCGGGAUACCCGCCCCGCCCGGCUCCAGCGCAUCGGAUACAACUCCGCAGCCUCUCCCCGAAUGUAGCCGCGGGUCGCGUCAAGUCAGCGCGUCACCCUGUCACCCUGUCUGACUGGAGCGGCCGCCCGCGGUAGUGAGUGGGCGAGGGGCGCUGCAGAGUGUGUGG